GGCGGGGCGGGGCCGGCGGCGGGCGGGGAGGAGUGGAGAUGGCGGCGCCGGCGGCGGCUGCUCAGGGGGGCGGGGGCGGGGAGCCCCGGGGCGCCGACGGGGUGGUCCCGGGGGUCCCCGGGGAAGUGGAGAUGGUGAAGGGGCAGCCGUUCGACGUGGGCCCGCGCUACACGCAGCUGCAGUACAUCGGCGAGGGCGCGUACGGCAUGGUCAGCUCAGCUUACGACCACGUGCGCAAGACCCGAGUGGCCAUCAAGAAAAUCAGCCCCUUCGAGCAUCAGACCUACUGUCAGCGCACCCUGCGAGAGAUUCAGAUCUUGCUACGCUUCCGCCACGAGAAUGUCAUCGGCAUCCGGGACAUCCUGCGGGCCCCCACCCUGGAAGCCAUGAGGGAUGUCUAUAUUGUGCAGGACCUGAUGGAGACAGACCUAUACAAGUUGCUCAAAAGCCAGCAGCUGAGCAACGACCAUGUCUGCUACUUCCUGUACCAGAUCCUGCGGGGCCUAAAGUAUAUCCACUCAGCCAAUGUGCUCCACCGGGACUUAAAGCCCUCCAACCUGCUCAUCAACACCACCUGCGACCUUAAGAUCUGCGAUUUUGGCCUGGCCCGGAUUGCUGAUCCUGAGCACGACCACACGGGCUUCCUAACAGAAUACGUGGCGACGCGCUGGUACCGGGCCCCUGAGAUCAUGCUCAAUUCCAAGGGCUAUACCAAGUCCAUUGACAUCUGGUCUGUGGGCUGCAUCUUGGCUGAGAUGCUCUCCAACCGGCCCAUCUUCCCCGGCAAGCACUACCUAGACCAGCUCAACCACAUUCUGGGUAUCCUGGGCUCGCCAUCGCAGGAAGACCUGAAUUGUAUCAUCAACAUGAAGGCCCGGAACUACUUACAGUCUCUUCCCUCCAAGACCAAAGUGGCCUGGGCCAAGCUUUUUCCCAAGUCAGAUGCCAAAGCCCUUGACCUGCUGGACCGGAUGUUGACUUUUAACCCCAACAAACGGAUCACGGUGGAGGAAGCUCUGGCUCAUCCCUAUGUGGACCAGUACUAUGAUCCGACGGAUGAGGUGGGAAGCUGCUGGUGGCAGGCAGGUGGCAGGUGGGGGGAUAGAGUGGAUGGAGGCGGGUCUCUCAGUCCCUGCCGUGGCCUUGCUUCUCUUCCCCCGCAGCCCGUGGCCGAGGAGCCUUUCACCUUUGACAUGGAGCUGGACGACCUACCCAAGGAGCAGCUGAAGGAGCUCAUCUUUCAGGAAACAGCCCCCUUUCAGCCGGGAGCCCGGGAGACCCCCUAAGCUGGGUCUCUGUUCCCUGGGGCCUGGUCCUGCCUCCUGCCUGCCCGUCACCUCCUGUGGACUGUUAGAAACGGACACUGUGCCCAGCCCUGCCCCUGCAGCCCGGGUCGGGCAGAGGACUGACCGGGCUGCCUUCCCUUGCUUUGCGGGGUCCCUUCGUGCCCGCCCCCUCCUGAGGGGCUCAGGUGCCCGAAAGCGAAUCUGCUGCUGCUGCCGCCCGGCCAUCUUGUCAUCUCCCUUCGCUCUCCCGGUCUCUGGAAGUUCUGGAAUUGAAGGGCUCUGGCUGCCUCAGGACCUGCUGAGGGGUGGGGGGGGGGAGGCAGAGGGGGAGACUGAGUCAAGACUCAGGGUAAGCCCUGUCCCUCGAACCCCAUUAAAAAAAACACCCCGUUUUGCCUGAAGGAACAUUCCGAAGUUUCAAGGGCUAGUAUCCCUGAGGGACAGGGCCCCCUCCCCCAAAGCUGCCACAUUUAAUGCCCCCCCCCCCCGCGCGCUGCUUCUGUGUGUGGGUGAACAGAAGUGGGGGGUGGGGCAUUGGGGAGCCCCGCGCCCCUGCCCGCCGUGCCUGUAUCUAAUAUAUAAAUACAGAGAUGUGUAUGCGA